AUGCUCUCCUCCGAACCGUCGUCUUUACAGACCAGCGAGCUGCGAGCUUCUAGGCCGAUUAUCGCUGUCACAAAUUCUACGCCAGAGACUGAGCAUACUCUUUCUAUGCCACUAAAUGGCUCCUUAGUGCCCCAGCUGAAGACCGAAACGGUUGACGAAUCGAACGAGCCGGAGCAUGGCACCCUCACAGAUCCCACGCCCCUGGUAGCUGGCGCUCGGUUCUCUAGAGACAGCCGAAACUCUAGCAGGCCAGAGACCCGUACAGCUUCCCCGAAUCCUCUACGACUGCAGAUGCCCGCAAUUUCCCCCGGGCAGCUUGCUUUCUCGGCCUUGCAAUAUCUGCCUGUUCCAACCCUUGUGUUAAAUAGCCUCAAAACCGUGGUGCUGGCCAAUGAGGCGUUGGGCAGAAUGCUAGGGCUCGUUCAGGACAACGUCAACGAAAUCGAAGCUUCAACAACCCUCGAGCAACUCCGCGGUCAGACCCUGUCCCAAGUGGGCAUCGAUAUGCUCCAAGAUGGGCAUCCUGUUUGGGUCACUUGGGAGGUUUUUCUAGACGCACUUGUUGAUGAGAUGGGAGUUCGCGCACAUGCUGGUGAAUCUCAUGCCACGCCCGGGCAGGGAGGAGAAGCCACACCUACCACCACGAAAACCCCAAAUGUGAUUCCAAACUCGAAAUCAGGCAAUCAAACAGUUCAGGAUGCUGUUAUUGACGUAGUCAUUUCUCGAACAAGCGCGGCCAAGUCAACAGCCCACGAUGUACACAUCAAAGGAAAAAACCCACCGGGACAACAGGUUUUCGCGAAAAUGAUCAUCUCCAUAUGGGAAAUCGAGGACAGACAGACUUACUUUAGUCUCACCUUCACUAAUUCGGAAUCUUCUUCAUCUUCUCUCGUCACUACAAAAAAGUCGAUUGCAAGGUCCAGCAUCUUAGAAGCUGCAGAGAGGAAGACAAUCAGCACCCCAUCCAUUGCUCACUCAAACCCUCCCUCCCUCGCUUCGAGCCGGAAUUCCAGCUCGCCCUCAUUCUACAGCCCAUCCGCCGUCGUUAUGUCAUCCAGCCCGUUCCCGCCGAUGGGUCCCCCUUCUGUUGCUACCCAAUCAGCCACUCCAUCGGUACUCCAAAAGAUGAUACGCCUAAAAGACGCCCUAUUGGACAAAACGCAAAUUCCCAUCCUAGCCAUGUGGAAAGAUGGGAGUGUUACCUUUCCAAAUAAGGCUGCCCGCCGAUACUUCCGCAGGGACAUUAACUUGGAUGCGUCAGUAAGCGGUACUGAUGUCUUGAACAACUGGGAGUUAUGGGAUGAACAUUUCACGGAAAGACUGGACCCAAGUCAAUACCCUAUCACCACUCUUCUCGAGACACAAGCCCCGUGUGGCCCGACGAGGAUUGGUUUGUACGACGAAAACAAUGAAAAGGUCGUCUUUGAAGUGACUGGUGAAGCCAUCCGAGACGAGGCCACCGGCGAAUUUCUUGCCGGUGUUGUCUCUGGCCGCGACUGCACUUCCGUGACAAAAGAAAUCACAGAGAUCAAAGAGAGCAACGAAGAGCGAUUCAGGAUCAUCUGUGAUACAAUGCCCCAGCUAGUAUGGACGACAACCCCGGAUGGCCACCCCGAAUUCUUCAAUUCCCGGUGGUACACCUAUACUGGCCUGACGGAUGAGCAGUGUAUGGAGGAAGGCUGGAUGCUACCAUUUCACCCUGACGACCUACAGGCGAGCGUGCCACGAUGGGAAAAGUCUGUCGCAACUGGUGAACCAUUCGUGACAGAAUGGCGAUGCCGGAGCAAGGAAGGCAAAUGGAGAUGGUUUCUGGCCCGCGCAAGCGCUAUGCGGAAUAAAGAAACUGGCAAGAUUGAGAAGUGGUUCGGUACCUGUACUGAUGCUCAUGAGGGCAUUCAAUCGAAGAUGGACGCGGAGCGCACUCGAAAACAGCUUCUCAGUGUUAUCGCACACUCCCGCGUUACCAUCUUCACAGCUGACCUGAAACGCCGAGUAACGAUGCUGGAAGGGGCCCUGAUUUGGGACAAUGACAACCAAAACUAUAAGAAUAGCGAAUGGUUCAUUGGCGAGAAUGUAUAUACAGUUUUCAAUCGCCUCACCGAACAACUGGCUGAGGGCGAGAAGCCCGACUUCUUGCAACCAAUCGAGGCGGUUUUGAAUGGUCAAGCAACCGAUGGGGUUGGGGUUGACGAGCAUUCUUUCAAUAAUCGCUGGUACCGCACCAGGUUUCUGCCGAUGUAUUGCAAAGAGUCUCCCGAGGGGAAACCAACAGCCGAAACAGUCAUCGAGGGUGUCAUCGGUGUUAUAAUGGAUGUGACCGAACUGAGAGACCAGAAAAUCGAAACGAAGGAGACACUAAAGCAGAAACGAAAAGCAGUAGCCAACGAAGCUGCAGCGAAAGAGGCAACAAGGCUGAAAAGCCAGUUUCUUGCCAACAUGUCUCACGAAAUCCGCACUCCCAUCACUGGCGUUCUCGGCAUGGCAGAACUUUUGGCUAGCAUGGAAUUGGACGAGGAGCAGCGAGACUAUGUCGAAAACAUUCAUAGCUCAGCGACCUCACUCUUAACCGUCAUCAACGACAUCCUCGAUUUUUCCAAAGUCGAAUCCGGCCGACUCGAUAUCGAAGAAGUACAGUUUUCGCUAUCGGUCAUUGUCAAUGAAGUCGUGCGGAUGCUUCAGUUCGCUGUGAAAGGUAAAAGCCUGGACUUUCAAUCAGACAUCGGAGGUGAUAUCAAGGAAGACAUGGUCGUGAUUGGUGACCCUGGACGGGUUCGACAAAUCAUCACCAAUCUUCUGACUAAUAGCAUAAAAUUCACCAAUCAAGGGUAUGUUCGAUUCUCAGUCUCAAAAGAAAAGGAAGCGGCAGAUUCCAUCGAGAUCAAGUUUGUUGUGGAGGAUACGGGAAUUGGCAUCCAAGAAGAUGUCCUAAAGAAACUCUUCCAACCCUUUAGUCAAGGGGAUGCUUCAACCGCACGGCGUUUUGGUGGAACCGGACUUGGUCUUACAAUAUCCAAGAACCUCGUCGACCUCAUGCAUGGACGCAUCACCCUUGACUCGCGGGUUGGGAGCGGGACCACAGUGACAUUUUGGAUUACAUUUAGCAAACCCCAGGGUCGAGAAACCUCAGAGUUGGCACAGGCAGGAGCUAUUCCAGAUCGUCUACAGUCCGAACUGAGCCUAUCCUGCAAUAGUUCUGAGCAUGAGAAUCUCACUUCUGCAUCUGAUGGGAUUGUCAGGCGCCCGUCAUUACGGACUUCCCCCAUUUCUGGUCAAGAAAUUUCCCGGGCUGAACGUGGGAAAUUGCAUAUCCUGGUGGUGGAGGACAACCCCGUGAACCAGAAGAUUGCUACCAAGACGAUUAACAAAUUGGGGUUCAAAGUAACUGCAGCCUGGAAUGGGAGGGAAGCCCUGGAUUAUCUGUUGGCCGUUUCAAAGGGCUUGAAACCGAAACCGGACAUGAUCUUGAUGGAUGUGCAGAUGCCUGUUAUCGACGGGUAUAAAUGUACCCAUCUAUUACGACAUCAUCUUCCAUACAAGCAUCUGGUUCAAGAUGUUCCUAUCGUUGCCAUGACGGCAUCAGCUAUCCAAGGCGACCGCGAAAAGUGCAAGAAGGCAGGAAUGGAUGACUAUCUGGCCAAGCCAGUAACAAUGUCCAUUCUCGAAAAGAUGCUGACAAGGUGGUGCCUCAACAAACGAAAACCGCGGCCCUCGCCUGCUCCGUCAGCUUCUGACUGCUCAGAACUGAACGAAACUUGCGAGAAUGCCGACAUACCUCACAUUGGGGUUGAGGAUAAUGGUAGCGAACCCUUUAUUCCCGAAAGCAGUAAUAACAGCCCUGUUACCCCUCGCCCCCUAACAAUAAGCGGCAGCCAUCAGCAAGAGCAGUCACCAUUCGACUCCCCUAUUGCAGGGGAUUUCGGCCCUCCGGCAAGGAGGCAAGAAGGAGAGAAUGAAUGGUCGAGCAAACUCCAAGAAACGAAGCUGAUGGGAGUUGCUGGUGGACCGUCAAGUCUUCGCAGCAACUCCUUCCAGGGGCUUCCGGCCGGCGAGGCACUCACGGAAGAAAAUGUGAACAAACUGAAAAUUAAGAACCAGCAACAGCGACGGUGA